CGUGGCGCGCGGUCUUGUGACCGGCCGCGAGCGCCGCCGCCGGGGCCGCGAGCGCGCUGCGGGGCGGGGGCCGCUCGCCAGGGGCCGCCCCUCCCCCCCCCCGGAUGCGCGGGCCGCUGCCGCCGCCGCCGAGCUCCGGCGCCCCCGGGCGGGGCGGGGCGCAGCGCAGCGGCGCUGAGGGGCGGCGCCCGCCAAGUUGGGCGCUGAGGCGAGGGCGCCGCUUCCUCUGGGCAGGAGGGCGGGCAGCGCCGCCGCCGCCGGCCCCGGCAUGGACAACAAGCCGCUGCUGCAGGAGCGACCCCCCGCCUACAGCCCCGCCGCGCAGGGCGCCGGCUACGAGUACGGGCAGAGCAACUACGGCGCCAUCCCCGCCCCGCAGCCCGGCUUCCAGCCGCCCCCGCCCUACCCCUACCCGGGCGCCGCGGCGGCCGCAGGAUAUGCUGUUCCUCCACCAUCAGCACAGCCAAACUAUUCAAGCACGUACACCAUUAUUCAACAGCCUGCUACCACCACUUCUGUAGUAGUAGUUGGGGGCUGUCCUGCCUGCAGGGUUGGCGUGUUGGAGGACACCUUCACCUGUCUCGGUGUUUUGUGUGCCAUUGUAUUCUUUCCAAUUGGGAUUCUGUUCUGUCUUGCACUGAGACAGCGAAGAUGCCCUAAUUGUGGGGCAGCUUUUGGCUAAGGGGAUGAAUGUGGACGUGCUUAUGGAAGCUACAACCGUUAGCAUACUCUUUCUAAUGUAAAUGUCAUGUACAAUCAUUUUAUUUGCUUCAGACCUGUUUUGUAAAGUGUGAAGAAAUUUAGUCUCUUGCAUGUAAUUUAAACUUAAUCUUUUACAAGCAUGUGCAUUGCAAAACAUGAAAACCCAACUUGUUUUCCAUGUUUAGUGACACCUCUUGAAAACUAAAUAAAACUGCUUUUCUUUUUGCAAUCCUCAA